AUGAACCCAUUCGCAGGGGCAGCGUUAACAACACUUUGUUUGGUUGUUGGAGCUGUUGCUGCUACUAUAUUUGCUUUUUCACAACGUCAAUACAACAACAAUCAUCAUGAAAAUCAUCACAAUCGUCAAAAUAAAUUUAAUCCAAGAAGAGCUCGUAACUUAACUUGCCCAUUUUGCGGACAGGCUGUAGUUGCUAAUGAUUAUCCAUUAGCUUGCGGUCAUUUGUGUCAUGUAACUUGUUUUAGAGCACGGCUUGCAAGUAGAAGAGACAAUUGUUCAUUUUGUUACGAUGAUCAAGAUGAUGAAGCAGUAUUAAAAGAAUCAUUUUCAAGAAUGGAUGAAGAAGUUAGAUACCGAACGAAUCAUCAAUCUUCGUCAAAUAUUAAUGAAAAUGAUGUGACUCCCGCUUCAGCUCCUGAAUCAACGUCGGGGACAGCAUCAACAACAACAAAAGAAGUCUGUUGUGCAUUUUGUAAAGUAUGGCUAGAGAUUCCUGCAGACCAAAAACAAUUAACUUGUGGUCACUAUGCCCAUAAUAAUUGCUUUGAGAAAUUAAAACAUUUAGUGAAGUGUCAAGAAUGUACUAAUGAUUCAUCAGACUCGGAAGACGAAAUAGAAUCUCCGUCACAUUUCGUUCCCAAAUACUAA